AAUAGGAAUUCGGAUUAGUCAAUUAUUUCUAUUCCCUGUUCCUAUUGGCUAAUGCUUAUUUCUAUUGCCUAUAGCUUAGCAUUGUGCAAGGACCUUAACUGGAGUGACGUGAGAAAGAUAACAACGGAUCAGUGAACAGCAGAUCGAGUGUUAUAUCAAAUAUACGUCAAAAUGGCUGAACUUAUAGCGAUCCCGUUAAAGAAACCUUCCGAUAUUGACGUAAUAAAACCUCUUACUAAUAUCAUAAAAUCAACAUACAACAGCCCAGGUAAUCAAAAAGAUUAUACGGACGCUAUUGCAGAAUUCAGCAAGUUGAGGAACAAUGCUUUAUGGCGAGCUUUUGAAAAAUAUGAAAGUUCUUUGGAGGUUAUUUACAGUUAUUAUGAUCAGUUAUGUGCUUUGGAAGGAAAAAUCCCAGCUCAUGAAUUGCAAAUACCAUUCAAAUGGAAAGAUGCUUUUGAUCGUACAAUUUUUGGUGGAAAACUUAGUUUAACAAUUAGUACAUUGGCAUAUGAAAAAGUAUGCGUUCUCUUCAAUAUCGCCGCUUUGCAAAGCUCGGUAGCUGCUAUGCAAUCAUUAGACAGUGACGAAGGAUUAAAGUUGGCGGCUAAAUUAUUUCAGCAAUCGGCUAGUAUAUUUAAUUUCUUGAAAGGAGCUGUUAUGAUAGCAAUUCAACAAGAACCAACACCUGACAUUAGUCCAGAAACGCUUGGCGCGUUAAGUGCAUUAAUGCUCGCACAAGCACAAGAAAUAUUUGUGUACAAAGCAAUCCAUGAUUCUAUGAAAGACGGUAUUGUCGCUAAAUUAGCGGCACAAGCAGAAGAAUUGUAUGCGGUUGCUUUAAAAAUGUUUCAGAAAGAAAUCUUUCGUGCAUUUUGGGAUAAAGAAUGGGUACCUCUGAUAGCAGGUAAACAAGCUGGUUAUCGUGCUAUGUCAGAGUAUUAUCAGUCGCUUGUAUGCAAAAACAAUAAAAUGAUUGGAGAAGAGAUUGCCAGAUUAGAGUAUGCUGUGGAGCUAUUCAAAGCUGCUCAAGAGAGAUCAAACAAGCCUAAUUUAUUCCAAGACUAUGCUAACAAAGCACAGAGAAAUUUAACGGAAGUGAAGAAGGAUAAUGAUUUUAUAUAUCAUGAAAGAAUUCCAGACGUCAAGAAUUUGGAAGCGAUAGGAAAAGCUACUGUCGCCAAAUUACUUCCACUUCCUGAAACAUUCAGUUCUAAUUUUAAAGACCUCUUUGCUGAAUUACUGCCUGUUGGUAUACACCAUGCAUUGUCAGCUUAUGAAACACGUCGUAAUGAACUUGUCAAUUACGAAGUUUCGAAUUUACGUGAAAUGACUCAACUUCUAAAUAGCGUUUUGGCAAGUUUGAAUCUACCAGCAGCUAUAGAAGACACUAGUGGAACGGAAAUACCUCAAUCGCUCUUAGAAAAAGCGUGUUACGUACGAGAUGCAGGUGGAAUAAGAGCUUUGGAAGCAUCCAUGAAAGAAUUGCCGGAUUUGUUGCAACGUAAUAAAGAACUUCUGGACGAGUCUGAAAGAAUGCUGCAAGAAGAACGUGAAUCUGAUAAUCAACUACGAGAUCAAUUCAAAGAACGUUGGAAGAGAAUACCAAGUUCUCGCUUGACAGAACAGUUUACUGUCAAUUUACAAAAAUAUCGUGAGAUUAUUAAUAACGCAGUUGCUGCUGAUAAGGUGGUUCGUGAAAAAUAUGAGAACCACAAAGAAGGAAUGGAAAUUUUAAGUUUAGAUGAGGAUGAACUUACUAGUAGUGUUCCACAGGGUUCCGCUGUUCAAGAAAGUAAUGUUGUUAUGCAACUUAGAAAAUUAAUGGAAGAUGUUGGGACUUUGAAAGCUGAACGUGAUGCUAUCGAAAGCGAAUUUAAGUCCGCUACUAAUGAUAUGAAAAGCACAUUUUUAUCUGCAUUGGCCAAAGAUGGUGCGAUCGAUGAACCGAAUAUAUCUGUCGAGAGUUUGGGAAAAUGUUACGGACCUUUGCAAAAGCAAGUACGAGAAAAUAUAGCACGGCAAGAAGAAUUAGUCGCUGAGAUUCAGAGUUGCCAUGCAGAAUUUACAAACGAACAAGCCGGUGCUGGUAGUUCGCGAGAAACAAUGCUCUGUAAGCUGGCUUCCGCCUAUGAUGCUUUUAAAGAGCUUAAAAGUAACUUAACAGAAGGGGCUAAAUUUUAUAAUGAUUUAACGCAGUUACUGGUGGUUUUCCAAAACAAGAUAUCCGAUUUUUGUUUUGCCCGAAAAACUGAAAAGGAGGAGUUACUGAAGGAUUUAACGACAAAUUUGAGUCAUACCGGUCCUGCUACGACACCGAACAUUCCAUCGCAUCACAGCGGGCCACCUGGCGUAAACCAAACAGCGGAUACAGCAUCGUCACCACAACUACCUUAUCCUGUGCAACAAAGUGGUAUGCCCAUGCCUUAUGGUGCUACACCAGCAACACCAUAUCCAGCAUAUAUCCCUCCACCUAUGCCAGCAGCUUAUAAUCCGUAUGCAACGAUGCCAUAUCCUACACAAGGAGGAUAUAAUCCGUACCAGCCGAUACCUCAAGCUCCGUACGGUGGCUACGCAACAUUACCGCGUUAUAGUGGUGCUCAACCGCCACGUGGUCCAAACCCAUGGUAAAAAUUAUACAGGAGCAUGUAGUAUUAAUAAUAAUAUUAGAGUAUACUUUAUAGUAUACUGUGAUUUUGUGAUUAAUAUGUAAAUCAUAAUAUUGAUUGAGAUAAAUCAAGCAUUUUAUAUAUAAAAAAUUCGCUAUUAACGUACAACAAAUUCAUGAAGACAAUGAUAGCAUUCGACAAAAGUCAAUAUAUACGUUAGCACUUUGUGUUAUAUUCUUGAACACUUUGUGUUAUAUUCCAGAUUCAACUUAAUGUUUCUUUUUAUGGUUACAAGCGGUUAUGCUUUCCAGCACUUUAUACGUAUUAAGUGCAUUUUUAAUAUGCUAGGAAAAAAUUGCAACUACUUAAUAAAUAUGUAAAAAAAUGGCUAGACAGUGUUUAGUAGAUGUCAUGACAAUUGCAAAAUUGCUUUUUUUGCUGAAUGCAUCCAAUGCCGUUUAUAAUUCAAAGAAAUUUGCGUUUGUGGGUCGUUGUAUUACACGUUUUGCGAUAGUAAAAUUUUUAUAAUACAGAUUGCUUUUUGUUGAGCUUUAAGUGCCGCUUUAUUAAUUGCAUAAAGAUACUUUAUAUAUAUAUCAAUUUAUAAAUAUAUUUUUAAAAUAAGCUGAACAUGUAUAAAUUAUUUUUACACCUGUUAUUGAGAUUUUAUUGGGAAAAAGUUGUAAGUUGGUCCUAAUGUUGAUUAUGUAGAUAUUGAGCAAUACAGAUGAUUAUAUUAUUAAGAAUACAUUAUUAAUAAAGACAAUUUGUAUUGAUGUCAUAA